CUUUCUGACUCCCUCAAAUCUGUAGGUUUGAAGUUCCUGCGGUUGUUUUUGUGGAUGAGAAAUGAUUAAAGCAACAAACUGCUUUGCUUUACUGAUCAAACAUCCCUGUCUCCUGGAAAAGAAACCCAGCACAUCUGCAGCACGCACGAGGCACGCUGAAGCAAGCGCGCCUUUAGCCACGCCUCCUUACGUACCGCGCAGUACGUCACUUUCCCUCCCCCUGGCCUUAGCAACAGAGGAAACAUGGCGGCGUCCGGCAACGCAGAGCAUUCCCCGGAGAUAACAAGGCCGCUGAAGAUCCCCAAAACCGAGGUGCCAUCUCCCGAGUCGGAGGAUUUGAGCGACAGUAACCAGUGCCAGUCCAACCCGUCCACGCCGAACCGCUUCUCCCCUCUGAACGUGGGCUCCGGGACCGCGAGCCGCCCGGCGGCCUCAUCCUCCUCCAACAGCUUCACUGCUUGCAGAGGGAUGUCAUGGACGCCCUCCGAAACGAACGCCCUCAUCGCGGUGUGGGGCAACGAGCGGCUGACGGAGGCGAGGAUGCAGCAGCUGGAGGUGGCCGGUACCGUGUUCUCCGGGAAGGCCCCCGGUCCCGCCAUGUACGAGCGGGUGUCCAGAGCCCUGUCGGAGCUGGGCUACGAGAGAACCCCGUCCCAGUGCCGGGAGAGGAUGAAGACUCUCCGGCGCUGCUACAGCCGCGUGAAGGAGCACGGGAUCGGCAAACGGAAGAGCAGCUACACGCUGGAGCAGCUGGAGAAGGUGUUCGGUCAGGGAGGCUGGGACUCCCAGACCUGCGCCCCAGUGCUGAUCAACAGCAGUGGACUGUAUCAGGAGAUGGAGUCUGACGGCAGCACUCUGGAGGAGUUCUCUCAGGAGGACUGGUGCAACCAGGUCCUGGACUCGGCUUUCCACGAGGGAGACAUGGAGGGGGACCUCCAGCUGUCUAGAAACAGACUUCUACACAUACAAGCAGAGCUGUCUGAUCAAAGCCAGAAGAGGGACACCAUGCAGACUGUGAUCCGCAUCCUGGAGUCGGUGCAGCUUCAGUGGGAGCACUUCCAGACAUGGACUGAGUUUUCCCGACUCCACCUCUCCAACAAGCUGGCAAUCUUUGGCGUGGGGUACAACACGCGCUGGCGCGAGGACGUCCGGUACCAUUACGCCGAAAUCAGCUCGCAGGUGCCGCUGGGUAAAAGGCUGCGCGAGUACUUUAACCCGGAGAAGCCGGAGGGCCGCGUCAUCAUGACCAAAGUUCAGAAAAUGAACUGGAAGAAUGUUUACUACAAGUUCCUGGACAUCACCAUCAGUGAAGCGCGCUGCCUGGAGCUGCACAUGGAGGUAGACUGGGUCCCUGUGACGCAGUCCAGGGCCACAGGAAGCAGCAAAGCCGCCUCCCACUACCUCCUGCCCGGGGACAUCCCCAACACCUACGGACUAUACGCCAUCGGCUUUGAGUCUGUCGUGGGCAGCGCCGCUCACGCCUCACCUCACACCGACGGCGAGGACCAGCUCCGGUGCGAGUCGGAAAACGGAGGUCAGAUCAGCUCCAGGACCGGGGAGAAGGUCACGUACUGCUACCUGGGCAUCGCCGAGGACAGAACCAUCCAGCAGUGUCUGGCACAGCACUUUCAGGGUUCCGGGAAGCUCCUGUUCCGCGGCGAGUCCUCCGCCGUGACGCGCUUCCUGCAGGAGAACUGCAGCGGCACCGCACCGAGCCCGGACGGCGGCGAGGCUUCGCAGCGCUUCGCUGUUUACGUAAAGUUCAUCGAGGUGGAGCUGGACUUCCUCUCAGCCGGGUCGCUGGUGGAGUGCCUGGAAACUGCCGUCGGUUAUCCUUUGAAGUACAACUACAAGAAAACGUUGUAGCGGACGGCGUGGGCGGAACUUUUUUGGUUAGCGCCGCUGUCCGAUAACCGGAGUGUGGAGCAGCUAACCUGAUCCAGCGGCCCAAGGCUGCUGGAUCAGGUUAGCUUCUCUACACUCCGGUUGCUCUUGGGUUUGGAAAUGCAGCCUCCUGUAGAUGUUCUGGAGCUGAAUUUUCUGAAAGUCAAAACAAAAUGUGCCACCUUUAUGCACUUCCGUAGAAGUCCGUUUGUUCGUCCGCUCAGCUUGUCCGCGGGGGGGUCGGCAGUAUCCGUCUGUCUACCUCAGUGGGAUGAAAAACAGGGCGGAGCCUUGAUUUGUUCUCUACUGCCUUUACUUUGUUGUUUAAGUCUGAAACUGAGUCCAGUGCGUCGGAUGGAGUUUGCACUUUCACCGGGCCGACAGCCAGCAAUGCUUUCUCACACACACAACAGGGAUGACAGCCAGGCCCAAGUGGCUCCGCCCCUUCACUGGGAACGCCGGCACAUAAGCUGAUUUUGGUCAGGCUGACCGAACCACUACUUGAAAAUAGGGGUGUAACGGAUCACGGAUAAUCCGCGGUCCGUACGGAUCAGAAGCCACGGUUCGGGACACGUGUGUACCGCGGACUGCUCCAACCCCCACCCCCCGUGCACACACACCUUGCGUGUGUUUUUCUAAAGUAGAUGCAGACAGCGCACGCGGUUUCUAAUGUAACAAACACAUGGACUUUAAGGGCGGUAACGGCUGUAACCUGUCCAAACACCGCGCUAAAAUACAUGAAACUCUAGCGGAGAGGCGCUGACGUAAAUGAGACGUCUAGCGGUGUUAUUGAUCCAACAGGUAAGUGUGCUCACUGUUCACACGUGGAGCACGUGACUGAAGGUUUGAUUAUUUAAGAAAAGUGAAGGAAAUUAAAAGGUAAAAUAUGGAUACUGGCACUGUAAAAUAAUGAACAAUAAACAAUGAUAACAGCCUGAACAUUAAUAUUAUGCCUCAAUAAUAAUAAAUUAUCUGACAUCAUGAGUAAAAUGAAUUAAAAUGCAGCAUUAUGAAUUUUUAUUUCCACAGUUUUUGUUCUUUGAAGUGAGAAGUCCAUUUGAUAUACUGCAUUUUAGCUCAAAACAUUUGGAGCUUUGUUUAUUUUUUUUUAAAAAUAUGAUCUUGUAAAGACCAGUUCAUAUUAAUUGUUAAUUUUAUUCUAAUGUUGGAAAGGGCGUUAAAUUAUUAUAUCGUGUUUUAAAUUGUUCAAAAAACAGAAAAUUAAACCAUAACUUUGUGUUAAAAAUAGUUAGAUAUCAUACAUUACCAAAGUAAUAUAAUGGUUUUUGGAAUAUUUGCCUAAUCGAGAUACAUCGGUAUCGUGAGCCAUGCAUCGUGAAUCGCAUCAUAUCGCGAUGUACCCUGAGGUUCCCAGCCCUACUGAAGUACUUUGUAUGAUUAUUGAAUAUAUGAGUUGAAGUGUUUCCAAAAAUUAAUUUAGCUUUUAUCUUGUUGUUUUUUUUUUUUUUUUUACUGAUCCAAAAAAUGAUCCGAACCGUGACCCUAAAACUGUGACACGAUCCGAACCAUUUUGUGAUCCGUUACACCCCUGCUUGACAACAGAAACUUUUGAGGAUAGAAGGAUGGAGAAUCAGGCCGUCUGCGCAGACUGCACUUCCAGGUCUCCAGCCAUGCGCAGACGGUCAAUGACUUCACUUGAUUAGUCUGACUUCUUCAUGAACACAUGAUGGGAUGUGCAAUGUGCCAGGAGAGGACUCGUACUGAAGUGGAGGAGUUCUUAUGUUUCUAUGUAUAUGAAAAUAUUUAUCUAGUAUAUAUAUAUAUAUUUAAGAGUAUCCGUGUUCUUGAGCAUUCCAGCUUCUGCAAACUGAGAAGAUGUAAGAGUUUGCAGUUUAUCACAAAGAAUUCAGUAUUUUCUGUCUAAUAUGCUGACACUUGUGUUUGUGAUUGUUUCGGUCACUGUCUUGUAUGUUUACAUGUUUGCAAAACAAUAAAUGGAAACCUGCUGUUGUUUGUGA